AUGGAUUUGAGAAUGAUUGGCCUCGACUCUCCACUCUUCUCAGCCCUCCAACACAUGCUCGACGCCGCCGACGACUCCGACAAGUCCGUCAGCGCCCCCACUCGCACCUACGUCCGCGAUGCUAAGGCCAUGGCUGCGACGCCGGCGGACGUCAAGGAGUACCCCAAUUCCUACGCCUUCAUCAUCGACAUGCCGGGGCUGAAGUCCGGCGACAUCAAGGUGCAGGUGGAGGACGACAAUGUGCUGGUGAUCAGCGGAGAGAGGAAGCGCGAGGAGGAGAAGGAAGGCGCCAAGUAUGUAAAAAUGGAGAGAAGGGUGGGGAAGUUUAUGAGGAAGUUUGUGUUGCCUGAGAAUGCCAAUACUGACAAGAUCUCCGCGAUUUGUCAGGAUGGGGUGUUGACCGUCACAGUGGAGAAGUUGCCUCCGCCGGAGCCCAAGAAACCCAAGACCAUUGAGGUGAAGAUCGCCUAA